AUGUAUUCGUUGACCUUCAUUCUUCCUCUUGCUUGCUGUAGGAACUUGAAGUGCCUCAUUAUGGUUGAAUCUACUUUGCAAUGUCCGAUAUGUCUUGAAACAUUAAGGCAUCCAGUGAUGCCUCCUUGUCAGCACGCCUUUUGCUAUUCCUGUAUCUCCCGCUACAUUCGUAAGUGCGAGGCGAAAUGUCCUCUCUGUCGAGAAGCCUUCGAUGAAGGAGAUCUUCGUCGAUGCCUGCAGGUUGAACAAUUGCUUAGUUCGGAGGGAAAUGUGAGUUCAAAAUGUGACUAA